CUUAGCUCGCCAUGGCUACCGGUAAACUCUUAGCUGUUGGGCUUGUUGUCCUGCUAAACAUUGGAUUAACCAAUGCUAUUAGGGUGGUAAACCACGCCACUGCUGAUGGCCAAGGCAGCGGUGGGGGUGGCGGUGGCGGAACCGGGAACGCCUAUGGCUCUGGUUAUGGCUCCGGAUCUGGCUCUGGCUCCGGCACUUCCUUUGAUAGUACUUCUCAGGGUCCUAUAAGUAGCUUCUCCUCUGCUACUGCAGAUGGUAAUGGCUCUGGUAGUGGCGGUUGGCAAGGUUACGAUCAAUAUGCGUCAGGUUAUGGAGCAGGAGGUGCAUCUGGCUCCGGCCAUGGUGACUCAGGCGAUUUCUACAGUAAUGGAGCUUCAAAUGCAAAUGGAAGUGGGGGUGGCGGUGGCUCUGGUGGAAGUGUCGGCAAUGGUCACGGGUAUGGUGCUGGCUCAGGGGACGGGGAAGGUUCAGGCUACAACAAGGGACCAUAUGGUUCAAGCAACGCAAAUAGUGGUGGACACGGAGGUGGAAGGGGUGGUGGUCACGAUGGUGGAUUUGGCCGUGGUUCUGGUGGGGGAUCAGGGAGCAGCAAUGGCGCUGCAUGGGGAGGCUACUACAACGAUGGCAAUGUCAGUGAACCACCACAGCCUACUUUUGAUGGCGGUGUCAGCGCACCACCACAACCCAUUUUUGAUGGUGGUGUCAGCGAACCACCACAGCCCAUUGAUGGCGGUGUCAGCGAACCACCACAAGCUUAUUAAAAUGUCUUUUAUUUGGAUUAGUGUCAGCCUUGGGCGACACAUACUGUUUCCAUCUUGUUUGAGCUUAUAUAUUUCUCGACGAAUAAACCGUGUCAUCUGUUGGUUACAACUUAGUUCAAGGUUGUACUAAUUGACGAUGUGUCUAUGAUGCAUGCCAGCAACUCAU